CCGCCUCGUUGGAGAGGGGGGGGGGGGGGACGGCACACCGGCGGCGAGGAAGUGAUAGCGCGAGCCAUUUGCGCAUGCGUGGCUAGCCAUCCAUCCUACGAGGCUGUCCCUGGAAAAGCAGCAGGUGAGGAUCGUAGCUGCGCAUGACUAUGUCCACGAUGGUAUAUCCCAGAGAGGAGAAGAUGGACAAGCUCAGCCAAGAGGAGAUCAUCUCCAACACCAAACUAGUGAUGCAGGGGCUGGAAGCCCUGAAGAAUGAGCACAACUCGAUCUUGCACAGCCUGCUAGAGACCAUCAAGUGUCUGAAGAAGGACGAGGAAGCCAACCUAGUACAUGAGAAGGCCAACCUGCUGCGCAAGUCAGUGGAGAUGAUUGAGCUGGGACUUGGAGAGGCUCAGGUGAUGAUGGCUUUGUCAAACCACCUGAACGCAGUGGAAUCCGAGAAGCAGAAGCUGCGGGCCCAGGUGCGCCGGCUGUGCCAGGAGAACCAGUGGCUGCGGGACGAGUUGGCAAACACCCAGCAGAAGCUGCAGCGCAGCGAGCAAACGGUGGCGCAGCUCGAGGAGGAGAAGAAGCACCUGGAGUUCAUGAACCAGCUGAAGAAAUACGAUGAGGAUGUGUCCCCAUCGGAGGAGAAAGAAGGCGAUUCCACAAAAGAUUCCUUGGAUGACUUGUUUCCAAAUGAGGAAGAGGACCAGGGCCAAGGGUUGCCUCAUCCGCACAGUAGUGCAGCGGCAGCCGCCCAGCAAGGCGGCUAUGAGAUCCCAGCACGCCUGCGCACACUCCACAACCUGGUGAUCCAGUACGCUUCCCAGGGACGCUACGAAGUGGCUGUUCCCCUCUGCAAGCAGGCGCUGGAGGACUUGGAGAAGACUUCAGGCCACGACCACCCUGACGUGGCCACUAUGCUCAACAUCUUGGCCUUAGUAUACAGGGAUCAGAACAAAUACAAGGAGGCAGCUCACCUUCUGAACGAUGCACUGUCCAUCAGGGAGAAGACGCUUGGCAAGGACCAUCCUGCAGUUGCAGCAACCCUGAAUAACUUGGCUGUUCUCUACGGCAAAAGGGGGAAAUACAAGGAGGCAGAACCAUUAUGCAAACGAGCACUGGAAAUCCGGGAAAAGGUUCUAGGCAAAGAUCAUCCGGAUGUGGCCAAACAGUUAAAUAACUUGGCUUUGCUAUGCCAGAAUCAGGGAAAGUAUGAAGAGGUAGAAUAUUACUACUGCCGGGCGCUGGAGAUCUACGAGUCGCGCCUGGGGCCUGACGACCCAAAUGUGGCCAAAACAAAGAACAAUUUGGCCUCCUGUUACCUGAAACAAGGCAAAUAUAAGGAAGCAGAGGUCCUCUACAAGGAGAUCCUCACCCGGGCCCAUGUGAAGGAAUUUGGCUCUGUGGAUGACGAGCACAAGCCGAUAUGGAUGCAUGCAGAAGAAAGAGAGGAGAUGAGCAAGAGCAAGCACAGAGAAAACAUUGCAUAUGCAGAGUAUGGUGGCUGGUACAAGGCAUGCAAGGUCAGCAGCCCCACAGUGAACACCACUCUGCGGAACCUGGGCGCACUGUACAGGCGUCAGGGCAAGCUGGAGGCUGCGGAAACGCUGGAAGAGUGUGCAGUGCGAUCCCGGAGACAGGGCAUUGACCCCAUUAACCAGACCAGGGUGGUAGAGAUUCUGAAAGAGGGCGACGGCUCCGAGAGGCGGAGGAGCCGAGACAGCCUGGGGGGCAGCGUCAAGUAUGAGAGCGCCACAGAUGGUAGCGAGGAAGUGAGUAUGGGCGUGGAAUGGAACGGGGCUUAAAUGCCUCCUGAGACUCCUUCCUCCCCACCACCACACACACAAACCCCAUCCUACCCCUUCACCACAAUCGCCCGGAUGUUUGUGUGCCGCCCCUUCUGGCUUUCUUCCUCCAAGCCACCCCUCCCCUCCUUCCACCGUUCCUGCUCUCCUUGGCAAGGACUCCAUGGCAGUCCCCAACCCCAACCCGGCAGGCACCGAGGAGUGGAACAGCACCCGCAGAGGAACGUCCAGCUGGCUGCACCCUGGUUCUACCGCUACCAUGUCAACCGGCAAGAGAGAGCAGGAAGAAGCUCCACGAAUCCGCCAUUUUGCCCCACCCCUUCCCCUCCACCAGUGCAGGACUUUGGCAGAACUCCUUGUGACCUUCCUCCAUUCUCUUUCCUGUGUCUUAACGGGGGCCCUCGACGAAGGUCUUCUGCAGUCUGAAGAGGUCCUUGCUGCCCAUCUCUCUGCCCUACUCCGCCUCCUGGCUUCCUUCCAUCGUCUCCCACCAUCCCUCUCCUUCUAGCAUAACUCAGAUUUUUCUGCUUCCCAUUUUAGCUCUCUUCCCACCCCGCCUUGCCCUUCUCUCUGCCUCCUUCCCCCUCCCCUUGAAGCCAGAGCAGAUGGGUAGACAUUGGGAUAUGUCUGUUUCUCACCCCUAGCUUCGGAUGGCAGGGAAAGUUAGGGAGAUGGGCGAAUUGUACUCUUUGCCAGGGAUGAGGAGUGUGUGGCCCUCCUGGUGUUGUUGGGUUCCCCAGCCUUCAUGGCCAGGGGUUAGGGAUGAUGGGAGUUGUAGUCCAAUAACCCCCAUCCUUGUUCCGUGCUCUGUUUUCCUUUCCUGUUCAUCUGGUCAUGUCCAGGAUGCCUAAAUGGCAUUUGUAUGCCGCAGGUAAAGGCCUUGCAGCCACCUUCUCAUAGGGAUUGGGCCUGUCCAGAUGGAGAUGGAAGAAGCUUCAGGCUUGUGUCCAUUCUCCUUGCUGAUGGAUCCUCUUAGCCUAUUCUUGCAGGGUAAAGAAAGAGAAAUGGGGCACAUUGUAUUGAAAAUAAAAAUACUGGCGGACAUGCCAGGGCAAAAGUGUGAGAGGCAGAAGCGUGAGAUGUGACUUCCUAAAGAGGACCUUGUUUUAAAUGAGCUGGGCAUAGCCCGUCUCCUGUAUGGCAUGGAGACAUUGGAGGAGGGUAGGCUAGAGGGGCUGCAACCGUCAUGGAUAGCGUUUUCAUGGCCUAUCCAGUACUGGCCCCUCUGAUUAGACUUUUGGUCUGGACUUCCCCUGCCAGUCUAGCACUACAAGACACCUGCAUUUCAGAAGAAACAGCCUCUCUAGGACUCUGAACCCAGGAACAUUUCCUCACACAGUUCCUUUUUUUCGCAACAGGAGGGAUAAUCACAGACAAGGGUGACUCAACUGCCUCUGCUUCGUUGCCGCUCCUCUUGUUGUGCGGCGGGGGUGGCGAAACGGGACUGCAUAUUUGCAUCUCUUUUAUUUAUUGUCAUGAAUGUAAAAGUUUUAACCUUGCUGUGGUUUAACACUGGAGAUCGCAAGGUCCCAGCCAAUGUCACACACAAACAAACACACACACAAAAUCCACCCUGAAACCUACACCAAAUGGGUGUGUUCGUAGCAAUUGUAGCUGCUACUUAUUUUAGAAGCCUGGCUAGGCAAGUGGGAGAGAGGGUUGGAACUUACACAUCCUUGUAUAAGAAGGCCGAGAUCUGAGGCUCUUGCAUGCAAGACAGCGAGGAGCAGAGGCAGGCAGAAAUAGAAGGCCUCAGUUUUAAGGUGACAGUAGGUCGUCCCAUUGCAAUGGGGCAUUUGGGGAAUAUUUUAUGGGAUGGGAAAGGGAAUUUCUGGUUGGGGCAUGGAAGUGUACAGUGGAAGUGUGGGAGAGACGUGCAGUCCUACAUGUUUAUAUGGAAGCGCGUCUUACUGUGCUCAUUGGCACUUAUUCCCAGGUACGUAAGAUUUCAGCCUUGGUGGCAGCCAUGCCAUUGAAUGCACGAGGGUGUAGCUUUGUAGGGAGCUGAGGGUAAGGAGGAGGAGAGGGAGAAAAAGUUCCCUUGGGAACUGGGGCGUAUGGCGGGACUUGCAGUGUGUUGCCGGAAUUUAUUUUUUCUUUUUUAAUGAGGUGGGGAUUUAAAUGUAGACUGUGAAAAAGGGCACGUUGUUGGAGAGAAUACCGGAAGGGAUUUGUUGAGUAGAAAGUAAAGUCUGGGGAAGUGUUGGAGAGAAGUCCACUUGCAUGCAGAGCAUUUAUUUUUUGACCCAUUUUAGAUCAUGGCCAGUAUUGGUCAGGGCCAAAUCCAAAUUGGACAGAGCAAGGACACACACACACACCAUUCAUGCAUUUCCAUGCACUCAGCGUAUUCACUCACUUCCAGACACUAUCCUGGUUCGGUCUCCCUUCUCCUCCCUCUAUCCACCCACUUCCCCUGCCUGCCCUCUUGUAGUCAAACAGGCAGGGCUGAGUUGACAACGCAGGAGGACGUUGCUGCCUCCCUGUAUCUUCAUCCUGCUGCGCUGCUUCGCUGAGAAUAGGACCCCCUUUCUCAGCGCACAGUGAAGAAGCCAAGCCGGCGAGUGUUGCAGGAAGAGAGCAAGCUCCCUUUUACGUUGCCAGCUCGGUGGGCCUGGUUCCCCUGCUUCUCAGCUGUUUCACACAGACGAGGGUUGUGGGGAGGUGGUUGAUUGAAACCUAACUUCCCCGCGAUCUCCCUCCCCCUUGCGCUGCUCAACCAAUCUGCAGCAAGCAUCUGAGAAGCAGUGGAAAUGGGGCUGUGGAGGAGGCGGGAAGUAGAACUUGAGGGGGAAGCCGAUUGGCCAAGUGGGAAAGCCUGGCAGGCCGUAUUUGGCCCACAGGCCGAAGUUCUCCACCCCUGGUGCAGAGGGUCUAGCGAUGCCUGAAGGGAAAUCUGGGCGCUGGAAUUUUCUGGGCUCUGGUUUCUAAGGGAGACAGUUAAUUCAUCACUUGUACUGGUGCUGGACGUAUAACUCCUUUAUGUUUCUGAAGGGGAGUCAGGCGCUUUGAUCCUCCUCCAAGGCAUGCAGGUGUGAGGGAAUUUUUUUCCUUCAGCUCUCCUACCCAUGCAUAGCUUUUGUGGCUGUUUUUGAUGUGAUUUGGUGUUCUCGUGAGUAUAGCUGGCUUUAAAAGAAGACGGUGACUAGAUAACGUUUAUAAAUUAGAAUUAGGGCUAGGUGUUAGGUAAGACGUAUGCACCCUUUUUGCUCCAGCAGCCCAUAACCAUAGAGUGCUGGAACUGAAUCCUAAGAGUAUGCCAUUAUUGCCCUGUUCUGUUAUUUCUGGAGCUGCUGGAGGCAGGAUGCAGGUCAAGGGAGUGCCUGCCCUGGGAAGGAUGCUCUCGGCUGGAACUGUGUGGCAGGACAGUUUGAAGGCUCUUGGGCCUAAAUGCCUCUUGGGGCUCCUUUUGGGAAGUCCUUUGCAGCCACAGCGGAACUUUUUUGCUUUUUUGCCUGUCUGCUUCUGAAAGGGGGCAGCUUAAUGCAUGUCUGGGGCAUGGCAGCUCUUGCCUCCCCAUAAAGGGAGCCGGUAGGGAGAGGUGUAACCAACCCAUCCAGAGGCAGUUGCUAAGAACCUAUUGAUGCUUCUUUUACACCUGGUUGUGGUUCUGCCCUGCACCGAGUGGGGAGGUGAAGUCUGUCCCAGGAUGCUGUGAAGAUGCCUCUGGAGCCCAGUCCUGGGAAGCUGCUUCCAGGGCCUCCCCUUAGAGCGACGGAGCCUCCAUCAGCUCUCUGCCCAGCUCUGCAUUUUGCCUUGCACUGGGGCUGUCCACAAGCCUUUUCAAAAAAUAAAAAUAAAAUAGCACUAGCCGGGGGUGCUAAAAGUGUGUUCUACUUUCUGCCUUUCGCGCAUACUUGGUGCUUUCCUUUAAUGUUGUGAACUGAUUUACCUCCAAUUAAAGGCAGAAGGACCUGA